CGAAAUCCGGAGGACGCGUCUCACAGCCAGAAUCUCAGCUCAAGCAGACUGUCCCUUUCGAGUUGAUUGACAUGCGAUAUCUGUAUCUAAAAGGCUCUUUCACUUGCAAGGCGGGAUUCCAUUGCAACUAAAGUUGGCCGUUCAUUUCUCGCAUUCAUUUUAAUACCUGUGAACAGUGGGUGGCGAUGUGCUCUCCUGCUCGUCUGUCUGCAACCCAGUACGAAGAAGACGUGUCACGUUGCAGGGAAAACAUUGACAGCACUCGGAUUAAGUGAAUCGAGUCUUAAGGGACACAAUGGGUCGCUCUUCUAAAGACAAACGAGACAUUUACUACAGACUGGCGAAAGAGGAGGGCUGGAGAGCGAGGAGUGCCUUCAAACUUCUCCAACUGGACGAGGAGUUCAAUCUUUUUAAAGGUGUGAGUCGUGCUGUGGACCUGUGUGCAGCACCUGGCAGCUGGAGCCAAGUCCUAAGCCGUAAACUGCGUGGAAAGGAUAAGACUGAGGAGGUGAAGAUUGUCGCAGUGGAUCUACAAGCCAUGGCCCCUUUGCCAGGUGUCACACAGAUUCAGGGAGACAUUACUAAGAUUUCUACAGCACAAGAGAUUAUCCGACACUUUGAAGGGCAGUCGGCAGACUUGGUUGUGUGUGAUGGCGCCCCUGAUGUUACAGGGCUUCAUGAUGUAGAUGAGUACAUACAGGCACAGCUCCUGCUAGCGGCUCUCAAUAUUACCACACAUGUUCUCAAACCAGGAGGCAACUUUGUUGCAAAAAUCUUUAGGGGAAAAGAUGUGACCCUGCUUUACUCCCAGCUCAAGAUCUUCUUCAGUACUGUUACUUGUGCCAAACCACGCAGCAGUCGCAAUUCAAGCAUAGAGGCCUUUGUAGUGUGUCAGAAUUACUCUCCACCUGAGGGUUAUGUCCCCAACAUGUCUAACCCACUACUGGAUCACUCUUACGAUGUAGACUUUAACCAGUUAGAGGGACCAAACAGGAUAAUCGUUCCCUUCCUUGCUUGUGGAGAUCUCAGUGCAUUUGAUUCAGACAGGACCUACCCACUUCAGCUUGAUUCCAGUAAAGAGUAUCAGUACUUACCACCCACCCAACCUCCAAUUCGGCCCCCCUACCAACAAGCCUGUCAGCUCCGCAAAAAUAACCUAUUAGCCAAAGAGGACUCUGCCUCUGGCACGCUAGAUGAUGCCCUGUCUAACUUAGACCUCAACACCAGUCAAGACAAGAACUGAUGGACAUUUCUGAUGUGUACAGCUUUUAUGUUUAAAUAUAUCCAUUGUUUUAUUGUUCUUGGCCAAUGUUUAUUUUUAGAGUUUUACCAGGUUUCUUGUAAUUCAUUAACCUUUUAUGUAUUUAAUAAAUCAGUGA